AUUUUUCCAAUGUAUUCCAUGAUCUAUUGAAUCUGAAUAACAUUAUGAGAACAUGUACUCGCAGAGGCACAGUUAAUUCCAGAAUCAGAAUGGCCCAACCACAGUGAUAGAUAGGAGACUGAUAAUGCAAGAGGGGCCACCUUGCGAACCACAGGGAUAUUUGGCAAGGUGACCGAAAUAGCCGAACCCGUCUUGACUCCUCCAAUGACGCCUGACUCGGUCGAAAUUGCAAAGGCAGCAAAAGAAGCAUUCGAGAUAUCCCAGCUCAUCCCCACUGAAGAACGCGUCAAGGCUCUCCAUUCUAUCUGUGUUGCUCUCCAGGCCAAUAAAAAUGAAAUUCUCUCCGCAAACGCAGAUGAUUUGCAAGCUGCCCAAGGAGAGGUACAUGCUGGGAGAAUGAGCGAAUCCAUGAUGAAAAGACUGGACUUGUCGAAGGGGGAUAAGUGGGAUUCGAUGCUUCAAGGCGUCCGAGAUGUCGCUGCGCUUCCAGAUCCAACCUCGGUUGUCACAUACGCCUCCGAACUGGACGAUGACCUGGAAUUGUAUAGGGUGUCGUGCCCAAUUGGCGUCCUCCUCGUAAUCUUUGAAUCACGGCCAGAGGUGGUAGUGAAUAUCGCCUCUUUGGCAAUAAAAUCUGGCAAUGCUGCUAUAUUAAAAGGGGGAAAGGAAUCAACACGAACCGCUGUACUUCUAUCGAAAGCAAUCUCAGAGGGUCUAUCGCAGACGUCUCUUCCUCAAACAUAUAUUCAGACGAUUCAAACGCGUGCAGAGGUUUCUUCUUUGCUGGGAUUAGAUCAAUACAUAGAUCUGGUCAUUCCCCGGGGAAGUAACAGUCUCGUUAGAAACAUCCAAAACAGUACUCGAAUCCCUGUAAUGGGGCAUGCAGACGGUCUUUGUUCUGUCUACCUUGAUGAAACUGCCGACGUCGAAAAGGCAGUUCGAGUUGUGGUCGAUUCCAAGACCGAUUACCCGUCAGCUUGUAAUGCAGCAGAAUUCCUCAUCGUGCACGAGUCUUUACUCAAAUCUAUAUGGCCCGUUGUCGCAGAAGCGCUGAUUAAAUCCAGAGUGCAUCUGCAAUGUGAUCCUUCUAUGCUCGACACAGUCAGAUCAUUAGAGGGCUUUGACACAUUCGUCCAACCAGCGAAUGAAUCUUCAUUUCUGACAGAGCAUCUAAGCCUCACAAUGUCCGUUAUCUCGACUCCUUCCCUUCAGGACGCUAUCCGGUUCAUUAACUCCCAUUCUUCACAUCACACGGACGUUAUCGUCACUGAAAACGAACUUGCUGCGUCGGUUUUCACUCGCGGUGUAGAUUCCGCUGGUACCUUCGUCAACGCUAGCAGCCGAUUCGCAGACGGAUUCCGCUACGGCUUUGGCACCGAGGUAGGCAUCAGCACAGGGAGAAUACAUGCCAGAGGUCCUGUGGGACUGGAGGGCCUUGUCAUCUACAAGUACAUGCUUAGAAGCAAAGCUAACAAGGGCCACACUGUUGGCGAGUUUGGCGCUGGUAAAAAGUCGUAUAAGCAUAAACCCAUAGUGGCCGAAGCAGUCCCCUUUUAGUAGCAUAGCAGGUUUCAAUGAUGACAGCAGUACAAAGGAUAUAAGGACAUAUACCGUGUCAGUAUCUGCGUGUCGUUAUCGGCGCAUCUAUCCAUGACAUUAUGAAGAAUCAACCUUGGGCUUC